CGUUUUUACAGCGUGAGACUGUGUGUUCCUUACGCUUGAGCUCAGCCCUUUUUUUGUGUUUAGUUUUGAUGGCGAAAAACUCACAUCAAAACCAGAAGAACGGUGCUGAUAAUGAAAAUAGUGAUUCGCCCAUUGCUGCAAAACCUGCAACCAAACUGAAACGGACUCGGAAAACUGCUCCCCGUCACUCUCCUCCGCAACGUAGCUCCACUUACCGUGGUGUUACAAGGCACCGAUGGACAGGGCGAUUUGAAGCUCAUUUAUGGGAUAAGAAUUGCUGGAAUGAAUCGCAGAACAAAAAAGGAAGACAAGUAUAUUUAGGUGCUUAUACCGAUGAAGAAGCGGCAGCUCACGCGUAUGACUUGGCUGCAUUGAAGUACUGGGGACAUGAUACUAUCCUUAAUUUCCCAUUAUCAACUUAUGAAAAUGAGCUCAAGGAAAUGGAGGGUCAAUCAAGAGAAGAAUACAUUGGUUCUUUGCGCAGGAAAAGCAGCGGAUUUGCUCGGGGAGUGUCGAAAUACAGAGGCGUAGCCAGGCACCACCACAAUGGAAGAUGGGAAGCUCGAAUCGGCAGAGUAUUUGGAAACAAAUAUCUCUACCUUGGAACAUAUGCCACACAAGAAGAAGCAGCGAUGGCAUAUGACAUGGCUGCCAUAGAACACAGAGGACUCAACGCCGUUACGAACUUCGACCUUAGUCGUUACAUCGAUUGUUUACGUUCAAAUCAUCAAAGUAAAUUGAAUGAUUCUGCAAAUUCUCAGCAAGGCUCUAAUGGUGACAUCAAUUCGAUCUCAAGUCCUAAAUAUGACACUGAAUCAAGGUUUCUCAUCGAAUCUCCAAGCAAUACACAACUACUCGAUGGUAAUGACAGUGGUAGCUCAGCAUCAUCAACACCGGGGCAUUUGUUGCAAUCGUCCAAAAUGGAGGAAAUGUUAGAGAGGACCUCGGCGGCUGCAUGUCCAUCAACGCCACCCAAACCCGAUGUACCUCGUCGAAUCUUUCCAGAUGACGUUCAAACAUACUUUGAUUAUCAAGACUGUAGCAGCUACACUGAGGAUGACGAUAUUAUUUUUGGCGACCUAGAUUUGUCGGCGAUACCGUUGUUUCAUUGCGAGCUUGAUGGUUAGAUUCAAACAUAAAUUAAAAGGAUUUAAUGGCAAUACAUAUUAAAUUUGCAGGGUGAGAGUUUGUUUAUUUGUAUUGGUUCAUUUAAAUGUAGAUAAAGACAUUCAUUUAUCAAA